AUGACUUCAAGAGGCCAAGCAGACCUCUUCGAAGACGUUCUCAAUCUGGAAGACCAAUACUAUCGCGAAGGCUACGAUUUCGGCGUCGCAGAUGGCUCCAAAAGUGGGCGAAUCGAGGGCCGCGUUUUCGGACUUGAGAAAGGCUUUGAGAAGUUCCUAGAGAUGGGUAAAUUGAGCGGGAAAGCAGCAGUUUGGGAAGCGCGACUGCCGGAUGUUAUUAACAAAAGCGAGAGGAAAAUGGCCCAAAGUCAAGCUAUCAUGCCACAACUUGGAAGCAAUGAGCGCCUUCGAAAGCACGUCGAACGCCUGGCAACGCUCACAAAUCCAGACGGCGUGAGCACGGAGAAUAGCGAAGACGCGGUCAGCGAAUUCGAUGAUCGCUUGAAGGACGCCAAGGCGAAAGCUACGUUGAUUUCGAAAAUUGCUGGAGAGGAUGAGUUUGCGGGCGGCAUGAACGAGAAUGGCGGGAGCUCGAGCGGCAAGGCU